GUGGUCCUUCACCCCUUUUGAGGAAAUGGUUUAUAAUUUGAAGCCCAACCUGACCUUCUGGCCAAUCCAGACGCCCGGAUGCAGGAAGUCCCGCCUCCCCCUGAAAGUAGUGGGCAUGGCCUCCAAAGGAUCCAUCCAGGCAGAGCAUGGGGUGCUGAAUCUGGGGGAGGUGUUGGUGGGAGACUGUAGGUCCUUCGAGGUGCCUCUCAUCAACAACGGUUCCUGUUCUGUCAGCUUCUGUUUGGCUGUACAACAGAGCCUGCUAGACCCGGGGUUGCCUGAGAACUCACAGAAGAAAGACCCUGUUGCCCUGGAGCUGGACUCUGAGAGAGGCACCAUCCCAGCUCGCUCCAGGCUGCUGAUCCGCUCCACCGUGAGGCCUGCCAGGAGGACCAGAUACUGCUGGGACCUCACAUACCAGACCCUCAGCUCUGCAGGCUCUGUGCUGGAUGCUCCCCAGGCUCUGUGCCAGGUGCAGGAUGUGCGUUGCAGCGUGGAGGGGCUCAGCAAGCUGCAGAUCUGGAGCCUCUUUUCUCUGGGACACCUCAACGCCCACCUGCAGAGAGACCCCGCCCCUCCGGAGCUCACCUACCGGGUGCCCACCAGACACAGUCUGCGUCGCUGUCCCUCCAUCUUCACGUCGGCCAUGUUGGAUUUCAACUUCAGCGCUGCUCCGCUGGGCUCAGACCCCUCCAAUGUGCUGCUGAUGUUUGAGAACACUGGGAGCAUCCCUGUCAGUGGUCAGUAUCUGUAA